AUGACUGCUGCAUCAAAAUCAGUGCUGAUCACAGGAUCCCGUAACCCAGGCAAAGGCGAGGAGGCCGCUCGAGUCCUCGGCGCAAUCCCAGACAUCAAGGGAACCGUCUCCUCUAUUCAAAUCGACGUGACGGACGACAAAUCCGUAGAUGAGGCCGCUGUACACGUUGGCAAAGAGUACGGUCGACUCAAUGUUCUAGUGAACAAUGCGGGCAUUGCAAUCCUAGAAGAGCUACCGUCUCGCGACUCAUACCGCGAAGUCCUGGAUGUGAAUCUGAUCGGUGCUCUUAGCACCACACAGGCCUUUCUGGACCUGUUGCGAAGGUCAUCUGAGAAGAGACUCAUCUUUGUCAGUUCGAGCACGGGGUCGAUUACCCAUGCGUCUAAUCCCGAGUCACCUCUUUACAGCCCUCGGGUGGUUGAGUACCGCUCGAGCAAGGCUGCGCUGGACAUGAUGAUGGUUUCGUACUGGGCACGGCUGAAAGGAGAGGGAAUCAAGGUCUUCGGAGCCGAUCCGGGAUUGUGUGUCACCAAUCUGACGGGUGAUCCUGAGUCUCUGCGAAAGAGAAACGCUGCGGAACCAUUGGAGGGUGGCCGUAGAGUGGCAACAGUGGUGAAAGGAGAGAGAGAUAUCGAUAUCGGAAAGGGUCUCGGGGACUAAGGAGUCUGUCCCUUCUGAUAAAGGUGCUAGUAAUGGUGCGAAGACGUAUCGUUGGAUUUCAGAUACCCAUCGUGCUAGCAGCACGGAUAUUUGACCAUAAGGGCUUGCCCAUCCUCGCAGAUCGUCAAUGUAAGCUAUAUUAGCG